AUGCCAUCUAACAUCACAUCACGCCCAGGCUCAUCCCGUAAGAAAGGGAAAGGGUCAGAGAAGAGUGGAGAUGCUGGGGGGGGCGAUAGUGGUACCAAGUCAGAGCAGGGAAGUGGGAAGGGAGCAGAGAAGGGAGGGGAAAAUGGGGCGGAUAAGGGAGGAGAGACGGGAGGGGAGAAGACAGGGGGGCCUGCCAGUGAAGAGAAGCAAGAGGGGGAGGUGAGUGGGGUUAAGAGGGAGACAGAGAAAGAGAGAAAGGCAAGAGAGUGGGAGGAGCGAAAGCAGCUUGCAAAGAGCAAAGAGAAGGCGAAAGAGGAGGCUGCAGCGAAGAAAAAGCAGGAGGAAGAGGAGAGAAAGGCGAGGGAGGCAGAGGAGAAGGCGAAAAGGGAGGAAGCUGAGAGGGCGAGGAGAGAGGCAGAGAAGGAGAAGGGGAAGGACAAGGGGAAGGGCAAAGGGGGAAGCAGGAGAUCACCCAACCCACCGCCUGGAAAGAAAGGAGGUGUAAGAAGACCCAGGAAAGGCCUUAGCAAUCCCGUUUCUCCCCUCUCCUCAGCCCAUGUGCCUCUCUCGCCCGUCCCCCCAGCAGACCUGUUACUCUGGCCCCCCUAA